GUGUGUGUGUGUGUGUGUGUGUGUGUGUGUGUCAGUGUCACAGGUAUAUAUGUGCUUUACAAGGCCCUGAGAGCUCUUUCACUAAUGGUGCAGAAGUUCCUCUCCAUCUCUCCUGACAGUUGGCCUUUGUGGAACUGAGUGAGCUGAUGAAGAACGAGAGCGAGCAGGGUGGCCUGCAGGAGACAGGCCGAUGGCAGGAUUACAAACAGAGCCAUGAUCCUGAGGUUGGCCUCUGGGAAUCUUCUCACAUCUCCUACCUGACCUUCAAGAGCCUGGUGCAGCUCAGACGGACGAUGGACACCGGGGUGGUGAUGUUGGACAGAGAAGAGCCUUCGCUCUCCAGCAUCAUGGAGAAAAUCGUGGAUGAGAUGGUCGAGAAGGAGGAGAUCAGACCUGUCGACCGUGAAGGGGUUUUUAAGGCUUUAACGCAGAACCGUAGCCAUUCAGUGGAGGAACAGGGUCUGACAUCAUCUGUAGAAAUUCAGACAGUCUCGGUUGCAGAAAAGAGCGAUGCAGGUGAAGGUGUGGAGGCCUCCGUGGUGUUUGUGGGGACUCUGGACUUCCUGGAAAAGCUGACCAUGGCAUUUGUCCGCCUGAAGGAAGCCCGAGUUCUCGAGAUGUCUCUGGAGACUUCCGUUCCCGUUCGCUUCAUCUUUGUGCUGAUCGGAUCGACCCAAAACGACGUGGACUACCACGAGAUCGGACGAGCUAUGAGCGCACUCCUGGCAGAUAAUGUGUUCAAGCAGGCAGCGUUAAAAGCUCAGAACGAUAAAGAGCUGAAUGAUGCAUUGACUGACUUCCUGGAUUGCAGCGUGGUGAUCCCGCCCACAGAGAUUCAGGACGAAACCAUGCUUGCGCCCAUCAUUGGCUUCCAGAAGAAGCUCCUGCAGGAGAGACUCCACCCCUCUGAGCCUCAGAGCCAUCUCAACCCCAAAGCAGAUAGGAGAUCGUCUAUUUCCAAAGUGCCUCCGCCGGAGGAUCCGCUGGUGCGCACUGGGAUACCGUUCGGAGGACUGAUCCGAGAUUUGAGAAGACGCUACAAACACUACAAGAGUGACAUCACUGACGCCAGGAACGCUCAAGUCCUUGCUGCCGUAAUCUUUAUUUACUUUGCCGCCCUCUCCCCUGCUAUCACCUUCGGCGGUCUGCUAGCUGAUAAAGUGGAUAAUAUGAUGGGCGUAUCGGAGCUCAUGCUGUCUACGGCAGUGCAAGGUGUCAUUUUCUGCCUGAUUUCUGCCCAGCCGGUCCUCGUCAUCGGCUUCUCGGGACCGCUGCUGGUCUUCGAAGAGGCCUUCUACGGGUUCUGUAAGUCUCGGGACAUCGAGUACAUCGUAGGUAGAGUGUGGAUCGGGGUGUGGCUCGUUGUCAUCGUCAUGCUGAUGGUAGCGAUAGAGGGCAGCUUCCUGGUGCGCUUCAUCUCCCGCUUCACCCAAGAGAUCUUCUCCAUCCUUAUCUCCCUCAUCUUCAUUUACGAGACCUUCGCCAAACUCGGCAGUAUUUUCAAGGCCCACCCUCUUAAUCUCAACUACGAGCACUUGAACACCUCAGUUGCAGAUCCUUGGCAUCCCAUCGUCUUCCAUCAGACAACUGUAAAUAAUUCUACAGGCAACAUCACCACAGUCACUACAAUCCGUUACCGUGCCUACCCCAACACAGCGCUGCUCUCCAUGUGCUUGAUGUUCGGCUGCUUCUCCAUCGCUUACUUCCUGCGCAUGUUCAAGAACGGGUACUUCCUGCCUGGCAAGGUUCGCCGUUUGAUGGGUGAUUUCGGUGUCCCCAUUGCUAUUUUCCUCAUGGUAGCUGUGGAUAUCAGCAUUAAUGACACCUACACACAAAAACUAGUGGUGCCUAAGGGCUUGCAGGUGUCUAACCCUGCCAUGCGAGGUUGGCUCAUUAACCCCAUGGGCGAGCACAAGCCCUUCCCCACAUGGAUGAUGUUCGCUUGCGCCGUGCCCGCCAUUCUGGUCUUCAUCCUCAUCUUCCUUGAAUCGCAGAUCACUACGUUAAUUGUUAGUAAACCUGAGAGAAAGAUGGUGAAAGGUUCAGGCUUCCAUCUGGACCUUCUGAUUUUGGUGUGCAUGGGAGGGUUCAGUGCUUUCUUCGGAAUGCCAUGGCUCAGUGCUGCCACAGUUCGCUCUGUAACACACGCCAAUGCCCUGACGGUCAUGAGCAAAGGGCCCAAACCGGAGAUCGAGAAGGUUCUGGAACAGAGGAUUAGUGGUGUAUUGGUGGCCCUCCUCGUGGGACUGUCCAUCCUCAUGGAGCCCAUUCUGAAGAUGAUCCCCAUGGCAGCUUUGUUUGGAAUCUUCCUCUAUAUGGGAGUCACAUCUCUGAGUGGCAUUCAGCUGUGGGAUCGCAUGCUGCUGCUCCUUAUUCCAAAGAAGUACCACCCCAAUGAACCGUAUGCUCAAAGAGUGAAGAUGAGCAGGAUGCAUAUGUUCACAGGCAUCCAGAUAGUGUGCCUGGCCGUGCUGUGGAUAGUGAAGUCAAGCCUGGUGUCACUCGCCCUGCCCUUCAUCCUCAUCCUGACCAUCCCACUGCGUGUGUUCCUCAGUCGUCGCGUCUUCACCAAGCUCGAGAUGAAAUGUCUGGAUGCUGAUGAUGCCAAAGUGACAUUUGAGGAGGAGCCCGGCGUGGACGUGUACUCAGAGACUAUGAUGCCAUCGUAAAUGUGUUACCCCAAUGAUGCCAAAGCUACAUUCAGUCCCAUAUUGACUUGUGAUAUAGAGAUGCUUAAUGAAAGCAAUAUGUACAACAAACUCUAAAUUAAAAAUAAUCCUUGCUAAGACUUUCUCUGUGGUGCUCCAAAUGUAAUUUUAAAUAUAAAAUGACUUUGAGAAAUACCUCAGAGAAGAAAUUUGUCUCUAUGUGUCUAUUAGAAGAAGAAAAAAACAGACAUAUGAUGUAAAAAUCAUAACAUCAAAUUGUGUGCUUUGUGGCAGAAAAGUUUUGGAGUCACUGGUAACCAGCUAGCUGAUGUAUUUUAUUGUACAUUUCUCUUUAUUUAAGAGUAAAAUGCACUUCACAUUAUAUUAUAUAGACCGAUAAUGGAUCAGUAUGCUGAACAGUUGUAAUAUUAACCUUCUGAAGUCUGAAAAAUGUAAACGUUUUGCCAUAGAUUUUAUUUUGCUGUAUUAAACCACCGUUAAAAUGUUUUUAACUCAAA